AUGGACGAGGCAACUUGGGAGGACUAUGAUGGGCUGGAGAAGAUGUAUCCCCAAUUGAUCCUUGAGGGCAAGGAUAUGCUAAAAGGUAGGGGGAAUGUCAAAACCCCAAAGCAGAAGGCCACGGGCCAUGCCUUGACCAGCACCAGCCCAUGCCAAGACAGCACGCCAGCAGCACUAUUGGCAUCGCUUGAUUGCCUACAGACCAAGUCCUUGGUGAAUGCUAGACCACGGUCACCCUCCAUCAGGCAGCGAACAGCCCUGACUAAAUCAUUUGACUUUAUAAUAGACACAGCAUCUGGGGAUCACCCAUUUGAUGCAUACAUGUCACUCUUAAAGACUGCUGGUGUUCUGGUCCUUGUGGGUGCCCCUAGUGAAGUCAAGGUCAGCCCUGCUAGCCUUCUGCUAGGAAUGAAAACCAUUACUGGUAGUCAAGUUGGAGGCACGAAAGAUACACGAGAAAUGAUAAACAUCUGUGCUACUCACAAGAUUUAUCCCGAGAUAGAAGUAAUUCCGAUUCAGUAUGUAAAUGAAGCUAUUGAGAGGCUGAUCAAGAGUGAUGUCAAGUACCGGUUCGUGAUUGAUAUUGAAAACUCCCUGAAAUGACACCAUGAAGCAGACAAGGGAGGGAUUUCUUUUAUGCAUGAAGCAGGUAGCGUUUCCAAUAAAUCUAGAAGGGUUGUAUCUGCUUUUCUCUGUUGGGACGUAGUUAAUUAAUAGCAUGAAAUUUCUGAUGGUUAAUGUUCUCACUGUUUUUGUAUGUGCGUCUGGUUUUAGUUUAUGGUGCUUUAUUUAUUUUGUAACUUGGAGAUCAAGUUAUGUAGUGUAACUUGGUUCUUUAUGUUCAAAUCAACCUGAUUACUUCCAGAAUCUAUUUUUGGAGUUGGAGAGUAUAGCCUAUGAGCCUCAUAAUGCAAGACAAAUGUGUAUGGCCACCAAUAUCUAAUGCAAGACAAUUGUUGAAGCUGACGCCUAGGCUGGAUCUCAUUACUUAAGCUAAUGCUAAGGGGCAUGACCGAAAAUACAAUGCUAACUCAGAA